CUUGCCUAAAAAUGUCCGAGUCUAGUCUUUUUAGCAGAACUGCACUCGCUAAACAUGUCAGAACUACACUUCCCAUCAAGGGUCAGAAAGAAACUUCCGGCACAGUCUUUUCCCAGCAUUCCUUAUUUACUUCCGGGUUCAUUACUACUGAAGGAAGAACGCCAGAUCAAAAAAGGGAGCUCAGGUACCUUCCAGAAAGUGAGACCCAGCGCCCUCGUCUCGCUCCCCGUACUCUUUCAUCCCCGCUAUGGCGGAGCUGAUCCAGAAGAAGCUGCAGGGAGAAGUGGAGAAAUAUCAACAGCUACAGAAGGACUUGAGUAAAUCCAUGUCGGGAAGGCAGAAACUUGAAGCACAACUAACAGAAAAUAAUAUCGUGAAAGAGGAACUGGCCCUGCUGGAUGGGUCCAACGUGGUCUUUAAACUUCUGGGUCCGGUGCUAGUCAAACAGGAGCUGGGGGAGGCUCGGGCCACAGUAGGGAAGAGGCUGGACUAUAUCACAGCUGAAAUUAAGCGAUACGAAUCCCAGCUCCGGGACCUGGAGCGGCAGUCAGAGCAACAGAGGGAGACCCUUGCUCAGCUGCAGCAGGAGUUCCAGCGGGCCCAGGCAGCAAAGGCAGGGGCUCCUGGCAAGGCCUGACCCCAUGGUGGGGGGAGGGGAGGGGAGGGGAGGGAAUGAGGCAGCUCUAGGAUCUAUACUGUAGCUAAUAAAGUGUAAAAACACCUGGCUCCGUUUCCUGACCAGGCACUUCUGUCAUAUCCCCACAGCCCCUUCCACUUUAACACACACCACCUGUAUUACCCCCUCAGGUUCAAACUCUUGCACUUGGAAUCUCUUUGUGGCACAGUGUUCUUUCUUAAAAGUGAAAUCCUAAAUGUCUUCAAACCUACUUCUUGCCUGUAUAUACAACCCUUAACUCUCCCUCAUCUUGGUUGGCAUGAUUCUUUUGGAAGGGCAUUUGCAACAUAGCAUAUUGCUAGGAAUGUCAGUUUAAUUGAAAAAGAAUACACAGUUCUCUAACCUGAGGCCCCAGGAUGAAAUGUGGUUACCUUCCUUGCCAGCAGCCCUGGCACCUCUAUUAGUACUUUUCAGCCUCUGUCUUCCUAGAAUUUGCUUGAAUGUAGCUUAAACUGACUUAAAAUCCCAGCACGUAAUGCUUUAUGGUAUAAGUCCUCCCAAGUUUAUAUGUUGUCCAUAAAGUUGUUCUGCCA